AUGAGGGAUCCAUCUGGAGCGAAGGCUAAAGUCGAAACCUUCAAAUAUGCGGCGACAAUUAUAACCGCCGUAUCAGGGGCAACGGCCCUGUACUUUGCCGCAGUCGUCGCCACAAACUUCAUGAAACCAUGUGACGUUCCACUAAAUCUCUGGCUCGUCGGGGCCAUUAUGCUCAGCUUACCAGCGACUUACGCUGCUGACAGGAUGAAGAAACAACUCGGCUUCCCAGCUGCUUUGUGGUUUGAAAUCUCUCUCCUCGCCCUUGGUUUUAUUUGGAUGGCUGCCGGAACCGUAAUGAUAAACAUGUCUACAACUUGCGAAGUAACCGCUCCGGUACCUUGGUGGACCACGUUUAUAACGGUCUCUCUGUUCUGGUGUGGCUCAAUUGGAGGCGUGUUCUUCCUCCUGUCGAUCGUCCUCAUCCCCAUGUUUCUGGCUGGUGGAAGAACCCCCCAGAUCCUCUGA